UCUCUCCCAAGUCACCUAAACAGGACGGCCUCUUGGGCUUAGGGCCAUGCUCUCUGGGCCUCGAAUUGAUGGGCCUCUGUCACGCGCGAUUCCUUAACGACGGCCUUCAGCUCAGUUGCAUCCUCCAUCUCCAUCUCCAUCUCCAAUCCGAAUCCGAAUCACAUCAACAGUCGCCACUGGAACCGGCAUCUCGUGAUUCUCGUCGAUCAAGGCUAUGUCCAAAUGAUCGACGAGUCUAGUACCGCCACCAUCCUCCGCGAAUAAUACUCACCCCGUACCUCUCGCAAACCAAGACCGGGGUUCCUAGUCAUUCUAGCUUUUACUCUCAGGACUUUCGUCAUCCUGCUCGUCCUUCUCUGGCUACGCCAUUUGCGAAAAGGGAUGACGUCAACAGCCAAGCGCAGGCCGCAGAUGAGGAGGAAACCUGUCCGAAAGAGUUCAACGUCGUCGUUCUUCCUCGUUCGGCAGUCGGACAUUGACUCUGAAAGGGGUUGGUUGCAAGAGGAUUGGUUCAAUCUUAGGGAAUUCUCCCGCCGCGCCAGGCAAACUCAUGAGUGGUUCGACAAGAUCAAUCAUGUGGGGAAAGGUC